AUGGAAGGAAAAGGAACUGUAAAAUGUUAUUUCGACGUAGAAUCUGAAGGGGACCCUUCGAUUGCUGGGCGCAUUGAAUUUUUGCUCUAUGAUGAAUCCUGUGCCAAGACAGCUGAAAACUUCCGCUGUCUUUGUACUGGGGAAAAAGGUUUUGGUUACAAAGGUUCCAAAUUCCAUCGCAUUAUUCCUGGGUUCAUGAUUCAAGGAGGAGAUUUUACUCGAGGAGAUGGAACUGGAGGCAAAAGUAUUUAUGGAAACAAAUUUGAUGAUGAGAACUUCAAUGUGAAGCACUCAAGAAGGGGUCUGCUGUCCAUGGCUAAUGCUGGUAAGAACACCAAUGGCUCACAGUUUUUUAUUACCACUGCAAUCACCAGUUGGCUUGAUGGCAAGCAUGUAGUGUUUGGAGAAGUCAUCAGUGACUACAAACUUAUCAGUGAUAUUGAGAAGCGAGGCACGGAGAGUGGAAAACCAACCAAAACUAUUAUAAUCAAAGAUUGUGGACAAUUAUAA